AUGGCCAGGAACAAGUCUGGGAUGCAAGUCGCAGGAACAUCAGCAAUCGAGAUCACAGCCCAGCCUCCAAAAUACGUUUGCAGGGCUGGAGACAAGCUCGCAGCAGCGCUGGAGCGGUUUGGGUGUGAUUUAAAUGGUAAAGUGGUGCUCGACUCGGGGCUCUCCACCGGAGGCUUUACUGACUGCAUGCUACAGCAUGGUGCCACGCGAGUGUAUGGAGUCGACGUUGGCUAUGGCCAAGUUGCCGAGAAAAUUCGAACCGAUAAAAGAGUUCGCGUCAUGGAGAGGACAAACUUACGUCUCUUAACUCGGCUACCCGAGAUGGUAGACUUCGUCACUCUGGAUUUGUGCUUUAUCUCGGUUUUGUUGGUGAUGUCUGCCGUGUGCUCGGUGAUGAAGCAGGAUGCGAGCGGCAUCAUUCUCAUCAAGCCACAGUUUGAAGCGGCCAGGUCUCAGGUUGGCGGUGGUGGGAUCGUGAGAAAGCCCGAAGUUCACAGAGAGGUGCUUGAGAAGGUCAUAGAUGGUGUUGAGGAGUUUGGCUUCGCUUGCAAAGGCUGGAUGGAAUUCCCAAUCAAAGGCACCGAUGGCAACACAGAGUUCCUGGCAUACUUCCACAGGAUGACCAAACAAACACCAUCGCAGGAAAAACGCGAAUUUGUUGCAAAUAAGUCAAAGAGUUACUACUUGGAUCUUCUUGAACGCAAGGGAUCUUAAAGUUCUCUUUAUUUUCUCUUUGGAGCAACUGUACAAGAACUUUGUUUGAUCUUUGCAAAGUUUGGGUUUUGUUCUUCUGGAGAUCCUAAAUACUAGACGGGCAAAGCACCGGAAUUUUGUCUC